AUGGGCCACAGCGAUCCCUUCCCACCACAUCUGGCUCCCGAGCCACAUCCUGACCGGAGUGACACGAGGAGCCCAUGCCGAACCACAAUCAGCCACUUCGAUGACUCCUCAGACGACGAUGACGACUACCUGGAGGCCGAAGAGGAGCUGCGGAGCCCGGCGGCCUCUCGUCAUCCCAACAUUCCUCUGCACCCGAUCGCAUCUAUGCAGGACGCCUUCGCCGAGUCACUCGACGAGGCUACCAAUGGCAGCCUUGAGCCGAAGCCAAAGUUGAAAGAUCUCGACGCAAAGACGCGGCGGGAGAAGCUGCUUGACGAGGACAAAUCCGAAGGCCCGCCGAACCGGCUUUGGCGCUUCCGAACCGGUCAGAAAUGCCAUGAAUUGAGGAAGUUGAUGGCCCAGAUAUCAUUUGGUGUCUACCUGCUCAUAAACGGCAUGGCCAACAGCAACGCUCAAGUCCUUUCUAUCUUGCAGGGCCACAUCGACGAGGUGGACGAAUUCCUGGAGGCGACCAUGGACGACGUGAGACUGGCUACCCAGGAUCUGAACGAGCGGCUUGAUUUCUUAAAACUACCAAUGGAGAAUAUGGAGGUUUUUGAGCAAAUGCUGGAAAAUCGGAAAUUUCGCCUACAGAUCGUAGAGGGAAACGUCAAAAUCGAGCACAUCCUCUCCCGAACUUCGACCGCCCACACUCAAACCAUCCGCGAUAUAUCCGAGGGCCUUCGGGCGGCCAAGCAAUUUUCGCAAUAUCUGGCCAAUACCGAGAAGGGGCAAUGGCGGCAGGACCGGCCUGACGUAGUAGAUGUAUUCGAUGCGAUGAAGGGCAACACUGAAGGCUGGUACAACGCCUUCUCAGCCCUAGAGUCACAAAGCACCCUUCUCAGCGGUCUCUGUGUCCGUCUCAGCACAAUGAUUGUGGAGAUCGACAAGAGGGCCGGUGAAGUUAGUCGGCGGACUAGGUUUACCCUAGAGCCAUACUCGGAUCCCGAUGGGCGACCUAUCCCUCGCUCCCCAGAAAGCCCUGCGCAAGCCACUCCGCCGCCCUCACCCCCAAUUUCCAAGGUCGACGCUCCUCCACGAAUUAAGACCCUAUAUUUUGGUGCACCAAUGACCUCUUUGCUCGAGGACCCCGAGAGCCCCGUCUUAUUUGAGCUCCCCGCGAGGCCGGCAAAAAGAAUCACACAAGAUUCCGACACGAUGAGAGAGAGCCUGCCAGCAUUUCAGUACACUCCCCCUGAGAGCUCAAAGACAAUACCGGAAUUAGUGGUUGAGCCAGCAAUCCGGCACGAGGAGGAGGCGGGGAGUAGCGAGUCCAGUGACAACGAAUCAGAAAGCUCGACCGACGACGGCAAUGAGAACGACAAUGGGUUGUUCAUCCUGCAGCCCAGAACUUACACCCCAGUGCCCCCGGCACCCAUACCUUCGCCACGAGUAUCCGCAGCGCCACCAGUAUCCUCAGCGCCACGAGUACCCGCAGCGCCACGGCCAACGCCAGAAGAGAUCAGCAUUCACAUCGAGGCCGAGGAGGAUGAGAGGCACUCGGAGGAUUGGUUGCGCGAGUCUGCCGUCAUCGUGCCACUGCCUCCCCCCCGUCAAAGGCCAGCACUACAUCCAGAUCCUCACCCAAGACCGUUGCAGAUAAAGCAGAGGCAAGCGUCAGAACCACAUGAGUUGGAAGCGCAGGUUUCACACCGGACGUCAUUGAGAGACAGAGUGUCACUCAAGAUCGAACUUCCAAAAGAUAUACACGUACCUGCAGCCAAUGCGUUAGAGCUCCAAUUGCCACGCUUUCCCACUCCAAAGGAUUCGCCGAAAGGUUCGCCACGCAGUAAUCGACCUCAGGAUUCCGCGCGCGGUUCUCACAUGGAUGGACAUUCCAACAACGACGCGACGAAACGCUAUGUCAAUGUAGAUUACACACCACCGACGUUCCCGAACCUGAUCCCGUCUCCUGCUUCCGAACACCAGUACUUCCGCCCUGUUCAGGCCAGCCCGCACUCGCCUUUGCAGCAACGCCCUCACACAGCUGGGACAGUUGGCAACAGGCCCGGCAACCAUCAGCGCAACGCCCCGUCACAGAUGGGGAUGAGUAUGCUCAGCAACGUAACAACGAUGACACAGGAUACCUCAGGUACCAACCGGACGGUAAAGAAGAAGCGCAGCGCUUUUGGGUGGCUGAAGAAAGCAUUUUCGCUCGAUGAAGAGGAACGGGCGGCGUUUGAGGAGAGAAGGCGUCAACAGCCUCUUAAUUACUACUACGACGGACGAAGCCCGAAAUUCCUGGACGGCAAGCGGUUGGACCGUCCACCAUCCAACCUCGCAGAUAGCGGCAACGGAAACACGAGGUCUCCCUUGCCGUACAGCAUACCAUGA